AUCAGAGUUAACGCAAAAUAAAUGCAUUAUGUCACCAUGUUAAAUCAGCAUUAAAGCCCCAAAUACUUUGAGACGCGCAGUCGGACAAUAUUUUCGGGUUUAGAAUUGACCAAGACGAUACAAAGUUAGAUUGAAAAUGAAGUCAUCAACGGUGCGAGGUCCAGAUAGGAUAACGUGCUCAACACCGAGAAUCGUUGAUUCUGAAGCAAGUCUUGGCCUACAAUUCGUGAAUACAACUAGCACGACGACAAUAGAUGACUCGGCUAAACGAAUAAUUCGAGAGAACGCCUCUCACUAUGGCCGCAGAGCUAGGGCGCCUUCACGCAGAGCUUGCCCAAAGCCUCCAUCAAUGAAGCGUACCGAUGGUUCCACGACGGGCCAAGUUCACCGAUUCAGACUCGGCCCAGAGGGUCUGAAACUGACGUCGAAUAAACGAGCGAAUAAACGAGGCAAAAGAAGCCUGAACUUCACGAGUCCAUCCAUCGGUUCGGACAAGCAGCCUUCGGCGGUCAGAGCAUCACCAGCGCUCCAACGUUUGGCUGGAACUUCUCGCCUGGCAGUGACGAGGCCAAGGCAGAGAAUUAUAGCUAGGGAAAAUGAAGAAAAUAAAUUAUUCCCAGAAUCCAGCUUUAGGACUGCAAUCGGGCCACCACCAGAUGAUUCUAGUCAAGAAAACGUCGCGGAGCUCGUAAGAUGGACCAAAGAGCAACAGCUAACCUGGUUGAAAACACUGCUCUACCCUCGAGGUAGUUCCCUAUACGGCGUAAGUUCUUGCGCUAUGGAUCCGUUUGACGCCAUGUCUUUGAACAUCACCCCUCGGGAGCAGAUCUUGAUUCGCGACUACUUUAAAGAUGAUUCACCUCUAAUACCAUACUGUAAAGCCUUCUUCGGGCUUGCAGUUCAAGACGAGGCAGCAUUCCAUGCUGUGCUCUCUCACUACUCGGCGACCUUUCGACUGAAGUGCCGAUACGGGAGUCCAGUAGAGAGCCUACUUCACCUUUCGAGUGCAAUCCAGAUAAUCCACGAGAGACUUCAAGACCCGACGGAGAGUUGCAGUAAUGGUACGAUGAGUGCAGUUGCCACUCUGAUCAUAUAUGAGUCGGCCAAUGGAUCACUUCCUAAUAUAGAGCUUCACAUGAGAGGUUUAAAAGAUAUGGUGACGAGGCGCGGUGGUUUCGAACGGGGGAACUUUCCCCUCGACCUAAAACGAUUGAUUACUUGGGCAGAUUUGAACACGGCCAAUGACUUGUGGCAGCCUCCACGCUUUCCCGCCUUUGAGCCCCCGCUCGCCGUACUCCCUCCUACGGAAACACGUUUCUGCCACCAGGAAACUACACAAUUCGGAGUGCCAUCGUCCAUCAUGCCUUCUACCAAACCAAAUAUUGACACCGUCAUCGAUGAACUCAGAACCUUCGCCACCGAACUGGCAGUAGUAAGCCGAUCCCUCAGUCCUCUCAACCGUUCCCGCAUCCAAAUCAGCGACGAAAUUCAGCACAUGGAACGCAGGAUUUUCGACCUGAUUCACAACCCUCCCGCAUUCAAGAACCCGCUCGACCAUUCCUGUGCCAUUGCAGCUCUGAUAUACUUGCGUGCAAAUUUGCGAGACAACUUCUGCAACUUCGGCGUUGUCAAAACGAGCAAACUCCAAGUUGCGUUGCAAUCAGUCUUUGAGCUGGCUGAUUUGUGGAAGUGGGGCUUGGAUGUGCGGAGUCGAGAGAAACUUGUCUGGGCGGUGGGAUUUGGCGCGGUGUCUAGUGAUGGUGGACCUGAGAAGCCGUGGUUUGUGAGACUGUUUAGGGAUCUUUGCGACACAUUUGAAUUGCGAAGGUGGGAGCGUGUGAAAGAUAUUUUCAGAACUGUGUUGUGGCAGGACGAACUGGAUGAUGAGGGCAUUAGACUUUGGGAGGAGGUGCAGAAGACUCGGUGUGGGUAAUAAUACAAACACCUGGGCGUCUGAAUAUCAUGCAAUACAAUAUUGGAAUUGAGUAUUGCAAUAUUAACCAAUGUUCUCAAUAGUACGCAG